GGUGGCGCGGUGCAGGGCUCUUAGGAACGAACGGCUUGGGCGCGGACUGGUAUCCGGGGACUGUGACUUGCAGGGUCCACCAUGGAACCAGAGCAGAUGCUGGAGGGACAGACGCAGGUUGCAGAAAAUCCCCACUCUGAGGACGGUCUCACAGACAACGUCGAGAGGAUAGUAGAAAAUGAGAAAAUUAAUGCAGAAAAGUCAUCAAAACAGAAAGUGGAUCUCCAGUCUUUGCCAACUCGUGCCUAUCUGGAUCAGACAGUUGUGCCUAUCUUAUUACAAGGACUUGCUGUGCUUGCAAAGGAAAGACCACCAAAUCCCAUUGAAUUUCUAGCAUCCUAUCUUUUAAAAAACAAGGCACAGUUUGAAGAUCGAAACUGACUUAUUGGGAAGAACAGAAAAAUUUGGUUUCCACUGUAGAUUUACAUGAUUAAGAGGCAACUUUAAUUGCCAUGAUUUCCCCCCCCCCCCCCCAUUUUGGAAGUAUAAGAAUCAUCAGGACAGCAGAACUUAUUUUGGAGUUGCAGAAGAAGACAUAUCUCCCUUAUUGAUUUAAUCACAUACUUAUUUAAUGAGUGUAUUCUGUGCAAUUUUUUCUCAGAUUGUCUUUAACUUUGUUUUUAAAA